ACUGUGGUGCGCGCAAUGGAGACAAGCUGAAUGUCUGUGCAAUCCCUUGUUCAAGAUCAAUUGGCACGUACAUGUAUGGACAAUCACUAAUUUGAGGGAUUUUUCUCUCUCAGAGAGAUGAUCAAAAAAUAUCUACAAGACUGAAGGAUUGGUGCGCAAAAAGGGCCACCAUUCAGCCGUGCCCUGAUUCCGUUUUUACCUUUCGGCAUUGCAACAUGGCACGUAUCUCUACCAUAUUUUUACUCUGUGUAACAUAUUUACUCAGUGGAGCUGAGAGCGUAUCUGAGAUGUGCCGGGGUACGCGCUGCUUCUCUGGCCAAGACUGGAGCAGACCGUGCGUCGGAGCGCACUGCCAGGGGCGCACAGAGCCAGCGGCGUCCCGACGACAGUUUCACCACACUGCACAAUCCAGACAAGGACAAGUCUACCCGAGUUACCAACAGGAUGCUCAUUUCACUCAUCGCCAAGCCCAGAGCGCGCCGUUAGCACCGUACACCAUCAUCCAACCUCAGCAGGGAGGCUUUGCGCAACCUGCGGGAACGGAUGGCACCAGGAGGACGAACCCGAGAACCAUCACAGCGGAGGUGUUCCACCCUGGCUGCGCCGGUGGGACCUGUCCGACCACUGUCUCUCAACGCACGACGAGUGAUGACAGUGCAACACGGGAGUGUAAAGGGAUUGGAUGUAAACUUCCCCUCCGGAUGCGCCAGAAGCCCAAGCCUUGCGUCGGAGACGGCUGCGGUACGCAUGGAGGAGACGAGGGGAGAGGACACUCGCCGGUUCAUGUUACAGACAGAGCGGCGCAAUUUCUGGAUGAGCUUCCAGACUUUGGGUCGGAACGUGGUGCAUGGAUACAGCUGACAUGUGACAUGAAACCAGGGACCAAUGAGCUUCCCUCAGAGGACGCUCUUGUGCUGCAGCUACAGUUGUCUAAGAGCCAGGAGAAGCUGGUUGAGGCCCUCAGGGGCCAGCAGGACGAGGUCAGGGAGCUGCAGAGGCUCCUCAGUGAGCAGCAGGGGAUGCUGGUCAACCAGCAGAGAGAAAUACUGGAGCAGCAGAGAAGAAUGCAUGACCAGAUGGAGCAAGUUAAAGCCCAGUAUAACAUAAUGAUGGACAGCAUCAAACACACAGCUUUCCAAAACCUCCAGGGAGAGCUAGACAGUCACAUGGAAACCAUGAGUGGGCAGGUUAGAGCCCACCAAGCACAGCAGGCUCUCUCUCUGCACAAGGUGGACAUGGAGGCCAGCGUGAUGGAGGUGGGUCGCUCCGUGUUGGCCUGUGGGAACUGCGGUUCUGAGGAGUACUGUGGCUUCAGCAGCGGUCAUCCUCGCUGUGAGAAAUGUACCAUCUGUCCUGCUGGCUUCUUCCUGGUUGCACAGUGUUCAGUCCAUGCAGACAGAAUCUGCCAGGACAGAGAUGAAUGCCUUGAAAUAGCUGAUCUGUGUGGGGAUCGACAGAAGUGUCUCAAUACACCAGGUGGAUUCCGGUGCCAGGGCAUGACAGAGCGAGAAGCCAGCUCAGGAAUGUGCGGCCACGCCUACUUCUACAACUCGGACAUGGAUGAGUGUCAGGCCUGUAAUGAGUGUGAUGGAGAGCCUGUGGCUUCACCUUGUACCUUCACCACAGACACCAUCUGCUCUGGCCCUGCUGCUGCUGCUGGCGACAGCGCCCUUUCUCUGUCCUGGACCGGAGAUGUGAGUCUGCCUGGCGCAAAAGGCCACGUCCUGGCUCACGCCUUCCCUUGCGUGCAGCUUCAAAUCCAGGGAAGAGGUGAUCCAGGGCUGCUGUCGGCUGAGGAUGGGCGCCUGGUGCUUAGGCAGCACGGUCUGGUCUGGCUGGAUGAGAACCUUUCUGUGAGCCACGGCUGUCGAAGCUUCAUCCAGUUGUGUCUGCGUAUGAACAACACAGACGGCUCUGAGGGUCGCGACCUCAGUGGCAUUAGGGUCGAGCAGCGGGAGGGAAGGUCGCUGCAGAGCGUCAGCAUCAGCGGAGUAGCAGAGGUCGCCCCGGGUCACAUGAUCUCCCUAUUCCUCCGGAGCGCCAGCCACCACUGUAACCAAAGCAGUGAAGGUCUGCAGCUGUACGACCCUUCAGCAGCUCCGCUCAGUCUCCUCUGGCUCUCCCAUGACACCGGGGCUGUUGCCAUGACAGCACAGGCCAUGGUGUCCGCACACUACCAUACAAACUAUCGCCCGGUCUUCCGUACCACCUCCACCUCUGACGCUUACGUGGUGGGGCUGACUCAUGACGGCCGUGGGAUCCGCUUUGCAGAAAGCGGCACCGUGCGUUUUGUAUUUCAGCAGGCGUUGUACUCCAUGGGCCAGGCGUGUGUGAGUGAGGGCUUCCAACUGUUGGCAUACCUCAACCGUAAUGGAACCAGUAUGGAGCUGUGCCGUACCUUCAAACCAGGCGUCCACUAUCGAGACACAUCCUUAUCUCUGUCUGGAGUGGCUAAAGUUGGCUCUGGGGACACACUGGGCUUUGAGAUCCUCUCUCCUGCUCAGUGCAACGUACGUUUCUUCGGCGACGAAACAGGCAUCAGUAUUCUCAGCCUGGUUUGGGUCCCCGCUGCUCUUUCUUCCUCUCUUUCUGCCUCCGUGUCUCACACCGGCCUACCCUCAGGAGCAGUUCGAAACAAGCCGCUGUUCUUCCGCCAGACAAGCGCUCAGGUGUCCCAGAUGGGGCUGCUGGGGAAGGCAUCCACAGAUCAGAGACAAGAUUUUGUCUUCAGGGAGAGGGGCACAGCCAGUGUGGCUCUGGAUCUCAAACUCAUUCACUCCUGCAACCUGGUCAAGGUGACUCUUCUAAGGCGAAGUGAUCCAGAAGGGUCAGUUGGUGGACGGGAGGCAGAGGGAGCGCGACCCGUCCCUCUGGCCCAGCAGGUGGGUGGUCAGAUGCCCGAGGGAAGCCAUUGGGCCAGUGUUAGCCUGCGGGCAUCCUUCCAGGUUAGUAAUGGCACAGCAGUGUUCUUCACACUGGAUUGUGUACGCGGACGAGUCAAUCAGAUCAGCUACCAGACAGGAAGUGGAGUGUCAAUCCUGUGGGUGGCAGCAUAACAUAAGAAAGACGAAACAUGGUUUUUAUAUGGUUUCCAGUUCAGUAGACCAGAUGUUAAGCCAUUUAUAUAGUAUGAUGGACUAGUUUUAUUGGUUUGAUUUUACAGGAAUAGUUAGACAUUUUGGGAAAGAUGCUUACUUUGUUUCUCGUUGCAAGUUAAUUCAAAUUUGGCAUUUAUUUCAUACGCAUGAUCUAAACCUAACCAAAGUAGUUUUGUUUCCCAAACCUAAAUGAUUUCCGUGGUGCCCUGGCAUGUAAUUGUAAUACGUUACGUGCCACCACCACGCGGUUUUAAGAGGUUGUGGUCAUUUCACAUAUUUCUGUGAGAUCGGGUUGGUUAAAUAUGAAGCUACAGCCACCAGAAUGUUAGCUUAGCUUGGAGGAAACAGCUAGCAUGGCUCCGUCCAAAGGUAACAAAAUACACCGAUCAUCACUCACAAAACUUACCAAUUAACACAUUCUAUCUUGCUUGUACAAAAAGAGAAGUGUAAAAGCACUAAUUUGACUCUUUUUUCUCAAAUAUGGCUUUUAUUUAAAAGAAAAUCUAGCAUCAUGUGUUCUGUGUAGUGUAAUAAUUCCAACAGAAGUAGAUGUAAACUAUUUUCUCAUUGCUUGAGUUUUCUGCUUUUGCCAUGUUCAGAAAUUCCAUGUGCUGUAGUAGUUGUGUCUUUUAUUUAUGUAAUUCAGUUACUCUGUUGAUGCCUGAGGACCUUCAGCUCAUUCCCACUGUGACUUCAGCAUUUUCUGCUGUCACCAAAAGCAGAUCACUGCUGGUUUCAUUCAAGAGUGUUUUUUAAGAGCAUGUGUUUCAUGUUAGCCGCCAUUUUCUAAUGUGAAUAUCCACUGCAUGCCUUGUUUAAUGACCACUUUCUUCAUAAUAUGGAAUUAAAGAGAGUCUCACUAAGGCCCAGUUGACAAUCGUAAUCUUAAAUAUUAACACCUUAAAAUAUAGUUACUGUUUACUCAACCUAAACUGUAAUAAAGUGUAUAUUUGAUGUUUUAUAUUAAAUCCAAUAAAAUUAAAA